ACAAUGUUUGGUAGGCAAAUCAUCUCGAAGUGUUAUUUAAAGCACGUCUCAUAGUGUUUCGUUGAACCAGAUUUAUUUAACGUAUGUAUUUUCGUUUACUAUGAGAAAAAGAAAACGACAUAUGUUGUUUUUCGUUUUGCUAGUAGCUGCUAGCCAGUAGACGUGAUUAGCUGGACGUUAAGGGGAGCUAACGCCACCGUUAGACAAUAUAAGAAGAUCGUAGAUCGUUAUUUUGAUGACUCAAAGGAAAUCCAAACGCCUGUGCGUACGGUCUUAAACCGGGAAAUGAUGAAGGCGGUACUAGCAGUGUCGUGGCGCCCCGUUGCUGUCCACGUCUAGUCUUAUCUGUGUUUAACGUUGCCAUAUGAGCCAGGCCACGUCCCCGCGGGCGUACUUCUACGACUACUGGACGAAUUGCUGAGAAGAUGCCGAGUGUGCGGAAGGGGAAGCAGAGUAAAUACGCGUAGAAAUGUGAAAAACCCUCGAACCUUUAUGACUGUGUGUGUACUUUUUGCGUUUCCGUGCAGUCGCCGCAUAUUGUCCACGGUAUGUCAGGUACACGAAUGCGUUGCUUUGCAUCGGGGGAAUCCUCACAUUGAUCUCGGCUGGCUGCGGUAAAUAAAUCUGUGGUAACGUUGGACUUUUUGUGCUUUGACAUGAUUGGGUUUGGUGCAAACCGACGGGGAGGCCGCCUCCCGUCAUUUAUCCUCAUAUUUUUGAUGCUUAUUAUCGCCAUACUCUCUUUCAACUACUGGACGGUGUCCAACAAGCACGGCCGCUUGCUGGACGAGCUGGCCGAGAUUCAAACGCAGAUGCAGCGCUCGGACGCGGCGCGGAGCCGCUUAGAGAAGCGGAACACGGAGCUGAUGGUGCAGGUGGACACACACAGGAAGCAGAUCGACCAGAAGGAUACAGACUACAGCGUCAUGGAGGACAAGCUGCAGGCCCGAGAGGUGCUCGUGAAAAAGUGCUCUGAUGAAAAGAUGAAGCUACAGAGUGACGUCACAGCCCAAAUGACAGAAAUACAGAGACUGAAAGAGCAGCUGAAGGAGCUGAAGCAAGAGUUCAUGAAGCAAGAAGAGCAGUUAAGAGAUGUGAAGAGAAAUAGCUCAACGCUGGAGAAGAGGUUGGAGUAUGAGAGUUUACAGUGUGGACGUCAGAUCGCACAACUGAAACAAGAAUACGAAGACGCUAAAAGAGCUCUAGAGGAGGAAGCUUCAAAGCAGAAACUGGCUGGAAUAAAUGUCCAAAAGGGUGAACUGGCAGAAAGGCGUGCAGGUGCAGCACCUGGUGUGGAUGCAGCGAGAGAGCGCCACACAGUGGCCACUCACCGACACGACAGACAGUCGGACCUGAAAGGUGGAGUCGAUGAAAUGGGUAAACCUGGCAGUGAUGCUGGCAUGCCUGGGAUUGAAGACAGCGAGGUUGGAAAAAUGGAUGAAGUUCAGUUUGCCUUGAAGAAACCCGCCAUCACUCAGAAGCACGACGAGGGCCCUGAUGCAGCUGGCGCUGAACCCGGACUCGGAGCAGCUGACGGUCCUGGAGGCCAAGGCUUGUCUCUUGACCAACCCAGGCUCCAGCAGGACAGACUGGAGGCCCAAGCAGUGGGGGUUGCCCCCCUCAGCCUCAACAAGCAGGCAGACAACCCAGUGGCGUUGGAAGAACACAACAAAGUCGCCAUCAAGGCGGACGAGCUGGGAGAGCAGCAACGACAAAUCCAAGUUCCUGAUAUUGUCAUGGGUGACCGGGAACACCUGAAGAGGAUCCCUCUGCCUCAGGAUAACGCCCAGGUGCCCAAACCCCUCCAGCCGCAGCGGGCUAAAGACCAAGUUCCUGUAGAGCAACUGCGUCAUCGCCAAAGCCGGUUCUUUGAUGAGAACGAGUCCCCAGUAGAUCCGCAGCACGGCUCUAAGCUGGCGGACUACAAUGGGGACGAUGGGAACGUUGGUGAGUAUGAGGCUGACAAGCAGGCCGAGCUUGCCUACAAUGAGGAAGAGGAUGGUGAUGGUGGGGAGGAAGACGUUCAAGAUGACGACGAUCGUGAAGUCCAAGGAGAGCGAGCUGUGGAUUAUGGGAAAAGACAUCAAGUCAAUGACAUUCUCUGAAUGGGAACUCAUGCAGCUAUAACUUAUUAAAAACAUUCAGACCUCCGUCUAUUACCGAGGUCCCUUUUGACCCAGUAGUUUAAACGUCACUGUGUUUAAGAUUUAUUAGAGUGCAUCCACAGUUUCAUGGACUAUUUUGAGACAUAGUAACUAAUGGAUUACGUCAGAAUAAUUCAACAUAAUACAAAGAAAAUACUCCGUUCUCCUGAGCUGCUACAGAUUUGCUAAUAGUUUUAAGUUAUGACAGAGGAAAUGUACUGUACAUUGACUGUUGAGAUUUGGUACUGGAUAACUGCUUCGGUUCUUUAUGAAGUAGUUUACGAUGCUCACCUCUGAACUUUAAAGUCAUCGUUUGUUUAAGCACUUUCUGAUUUUCAUCUGCUCGAUAUGAAGAAAGACUUUAAAGAAUGGUCUACUGGUGUUUAUCACAGACUCUAACGGCCUUCUGCCACUAACAAGCUGGUAGAAUCCAUGCAUUCAAGACUUUUGUUUUACAGGAUUGGGAAUUUCAUUUGCCUCGGGAUCUGCUCAUGGUCUAUUAAAUCUUUCUUUUCUGACAGAGACUCAAAAGUGUUUGUCAUUUAGUUUUUAAAUGCCGUCGCAUGCAUUAGAAUGUUUUUGGUAAUCGAACUGAACAACAGUCUGUUGCCUUAGCAAUAAUUUAAAUGGUGUUGGCAUCCUUUUCAAAAUGACCGACUUCACACACGCUUCCGUCAGAGGCCUCCUGAACUGUUGUUGAACUGUUAUCUGUUACCUUUUUGGGAUUUUUGUGAGCCUGAAAUUGGGUGUUUGUGCAACCCGUGAAAAGAAAAUCUCAUGGAAAGGCAGUGAAUGUAAAUUUUAUUAAAGGUGAAGCUUCA